UCCGUCGCCGUGGUAACACGGUCUGUGUUAUGGCUUCAGAUUGACUGACUUCAUUAGUAACUUUGGACGUGAUGUCAAGUUGAGCCAUGGGCAACAUGUACCGAGGAUUUAACAAAACAGAGAAGAUCCCAGCUUAUACAGUCACAUCUUCAAUACCAAGCAAAUAUCAGAGAGUGGUGAUCAGAAAUGAAGAGAAGAAAGGCUUUUCAUCUCAAGCUAAAAGGUUCCCUUCACAAGUCUGUCUGAAUGAAAAUCCAGGACCAGGCAGCUAUGGCCGUGUUUCCAGUGCUGAGGUCAGAAGUCCUUCCUUCUCUAAGAAAGGCACCACAGGCUUUGUUCCAUCCAAGGCCAGUAGGGCUUCCAGUAACCCAAAGAGAGACAUCCCAGGACCAGAUUCAUACAACCUGCAGAGCUCCUUCAUAGACAAGCAUGACUUCAACACUGGAGUCUCCAGAGUGUUCAGGUUGCCUGUGGCUGUGCAGCUGGAUGGUCCCAAACACAAAACUCCAGCCCCAAAUCAAUAUGACGUCAGUCAACCUAGUAGAGAGAGAUUCUCCUUAGUGGUUGGUACAUCAGCUUUCCUGUCAAAAACUGGACGUGACACCUGUUGCUCAAAGAAAAAUGUGCCAUCACCAUGCCACUAUGACGUGAAUGACAACGUUAUCCAGCAGAGUCUGGCAGUCUUGUCCCCGUUCAAAUCAAAAACUCAGAGAAUCCCUCCCCCAGUGGACAACCGUGUCCCGGGCCCAGGGGCUUACAGUCCCCAUCACACCCCUGCUCUGGUGAAGAGGACCAUCCUGCCGAGGGGAUAUUAUCUGGCAAUAUCAGCACCUCCUCUGAUUGUUCCCAAGGACCCUCCCUUGCCAGGCCCUGGGCAGUACAACAUAGGGAGUUCAAACGGCCCAUCUAAGCGUCCCAUGCCCACCGCUGCAUUUGCAUCCAAAACUGAAAGAACAUCCCAAAACUUAAAGCAUGCUAUGAACCCAGGUCCAGGUUUCUAUGAUCCACACAUUUCAUCAAAGCAGUCCUUCUUUUACAAUGACUCCAGAGUCUGGAUUCCUGUCUGAAGCUUUCAAGGAAAACUGUGCUGCAGAUAUGGACAUUUUUCACACACACAAACUGUGAUUAUCUGUGUUGACAGAAAGGAAUAAAUGUUUGCAACCA